AUGACAUUGAUACCGCACCCUGUGGAAGGGCCGGAUGCGGAAGUAGAUCAUGACGCAGAUGACGACGAUGAUGAGGGCUACGGGGACGAUGAUGUAAGGGGCGGGAAUUAUGGUCACCUCACUGCUCAUAUACCGCACCCUGUGGAAGGGCCGGAUGCGGAAGUAGAUCAUGACGCAGAUGACGACGAUGAUGAGGGCUACGGGGACGAUGAUGUAAGGGGCGGGAAUUAUGACGACGAGGAUGAUGAGGGCGACGGGGGCGAUGAUGUAAGGGGCGGGGGUUAUGGUCACCUCGCUGCUCAUGUGAUCGAUCAUCAACGCAAUCAACACUAUAUCUGCAACAUUAAAUGUCAUUUGCCAAUACCGCACCCUGUGGAACGGCCGGAUGCGGAAGUAGCUCAUGACGCAGAUGACGACGAUGAUGAGGGCGACGACGGCGAUGAUGAUGAUGAUGAUGAUGGGGAGGAUGGUCACCUCACUGCUCAUAUACCGCACCCUGUGGAACGGCCGGAUGCGGAAGUAGAUCAUGACGCAGAUGACGAUAAUGAUGAGGGCGACGGGGGCGAUGAUGUAAGGGGCAGGGAAGGGUAUCUUGCGGACGAGGAAAUCGCGGAUGUUGCGGCCCACCGGGAAGCGGAUGAUGCACAGGUCGAGCAGGAUGAUGGCGACGAUGAGGGCAACGAUGACGGCGGCGAUGGCCGAGUAGGGAGGGGGGGAAACACAUUAGAUGUCAGUUGCCAGUUAGGUGAUCAGUGGGAUUUGGAUUACGAUGUUUGCGCCAACAAAUUGCUGAGAUUAGCUGUAGAACGCGAUGCAGAAGGGUAUCUUGCGUACGAGAAAAUCGCGGAUGUUGCGGCCCACCGGGAAUCGGAAUAUGCACAGGUCGAGCAGGAUGAUGGCGACGAUCAUGGCAACGAUGACGGCGGCGAUGGUUUCCGGGGGAAGCGAAAAAGAAGGGCCGGGGGAAGAUUGCGAAUUGCUGUCUUCGGUACGAGACGGAUUCUCUUGACCGGCUUUAAGAUGCUGCGCAUCGGGGGAAGGAUCGGGAGGGUGUUGACUGGUGAGAGACUGGGAGGAGACAGGAUCACCACGGACAGCAAUCACACCGUCGAGACAUUACACAUCCAGUACCACACGUACACGGAUCCCCCCAAACCAUCUUCCCCUUCCCCUCCCAGUCCCCUCAACCUGCAAACAUAUCAAUCACCUAGCAACGCACUCACCAACUGCAACACGUACCACUGCCGCUACCACUCCCCUCAGCCUGCAAGCAUAUCAAUCACCUAG